ACUUUUCUUAUUUAUUCAACACACUCUGUAAAAGCGAACUCGCACAGACAUCACGUUUGCUCCCCCUUGCUUUGAGCCCCCUUUCUCCUCAAAUAUGCGAAGAUUCUUCAGCCGAGGCUCAGGCGAUGACUCACCGGCGAGCCUUUCGGCGGAGCCACCGCCUUACUCACCUUACACAGCCACUCCGCCGGUUCCGUCAGGUCCUCCGAGACCGAUCCGACUGGUUUAUUGCGACGAGAAUGGCAAGUUCAAGAUGGAUCCCGAGGCUGUCGCGGUGCUUCAGCUUCUCAAGGAGCCUGUUGGUGUUGUUUCUGUCUGCGGCCGGGCUCGACAAGGCAAGAGCUUUAUAUUGAAUCAGCUACUUGGAAGGAGUAGUGGGUUUCAGGUGGCCGCAACUCAUCGACCAUGUACAAAAGGCCUUUGGCUGUGGAGUACUCCUCUUAGGAGGACUGCCCUUGAUGGCACCGUAUACAACCUUAUGCUGCUAGAUAGUGAAGGGAUUGAUGCUUACGAUCAAACGGGAACUUACAGCACACAAAUUUUUUCAUUAGCUGUCUUAUUAUCGAGCAUGUUCAUAUACAACCAGAUUGGUGGAAUUGAUGAAGCUUCUCUUGAUCGUCUUUCACUUGUUACUGAAAUGAGUAAACGUAUACGUGUCAGAGCCUCUGGGGAAAAGAGUACUGCUUCUGAGAUUGGCCAGUUUUCUCCUAUUUUUGUGUGGCUUCUAAGGGACUUCUAUCUGGACUUGGUGGAGGAUAAUAGGAGAAUAACGCCUCGUGACUAUCUAGAGAUCGCUUUGAGGCCAGUUCAAGGUAGCAAGAGAGAUGUGGCUGCUAAAAAUGAGAUCAGAGAAUCCAUUCGAGCCCUUUUUCCAGACAGAGAAUGUUUCACCCUUGUAAGACCUUCGAACAACGAGAAUGAUCUCCAGAAACUUGAUCAGCUUCCUUUGAACAAAUUAAGGCCAGAAUUUCGAUCUGGUUUAGAUGCAUUAACUACGUUCAUUUUUGAGAGAGCAAGGCCAAAACAAAUGGGAGGUACAGUUAUGACAGGACCUAUUUUUGCCCGCAUCACGCAGUCCUACCUAGAUGCACUUAACAAAGGGGUGGUGCCAACAAUAACAUCCUCAUGGCAGAGUGUAGAGGAAGCAGAGUGUCAGAGAGCUUAUGAUAUAGCUGCUGAAGUAUAUAUGUCAACUUUUGCCCGCUCAAAGCCUCCCGAAGAAGCUGCACUGAGAGAAGCACAUGAAGAAGCAGUCCAGAAAGCUAUGGCUGCAUUUGAUGCAACUGCUGUAGGGUCAGGUUCUACCAGGCAGAAACAUGAACUUCGUCUCAAGCACUUUUUGACAAAGGCGUUCGAGGAUCACAAGAAGGACGUUUUUCGGGAGGCAUCAUUACAAUGUUCAAAUGCGAUACAGACCAUGGAAAAACAUCUGAGAACAGCUUGUAAUGCUCCUGAUGCCCGAGUAGAAAAUGUCAUUAAGGUUUUAGACGGCCUUUUAUCCAAAUACGAAGCCUCCUCUCAUGGCCCAGAAAAAUGGCGGAAGUGGACUAUGUUCUUGCAGCAAAGUUUGGACGGUCCAGUUUCUGACCUUAUCAAGAAGCAAAUGGAUCAAAUUGGAGCUGAGAAGAGUUCCAUCAUGUUAAAAUGCCGCUCAAUUGAAGAUAAGAUGGGAUUACUUAACAAGCAACUUGAAUCUAGUGAAAAGUAUAAAUCUGAAUACUUAAAACGGUACGAGGAUGCUAUAAAUGACAAGAAGAAGAUCUCGGAGGACUAUAUGAAUCGUAUAUCCAAUCUGCAAAGCAAAUGCAGCUCAUUGGAAGAGAGAUGUUCUAGCUUAUCCAAGGCUGUUGAUUCAGCUAGACAUGAAGGAAUGGAGUGGAAAAGAAAGUAUGAAUAUCUUUUAUCAAAGCAGAAAGCAGAGGAAGACCAGGCCAGUUCAGAACUUGCGAUUCUUAGGUCCAGAAGCAGUGCUGCUGAGGCAAGGUUGGCUGCUGCACAGGAACAAAGUAAAUCUGCUCAAGAUGAGGCAGGGGAGUGGAAAAGGAAGUAUGACAUUGCUGUAAGAGAAGCGAAAAAUGCUCUAGAGAAAGCAGCAGCUGUACAAGAACGUUCAAACAAACAAACACAACUGAGGGAAGAUGCUCUAAGAGAUGAAUUCUCUGGUGUACUAGCUGAUAAGGAAGUGGAACUGAAAGAUAAGACAGCUAAGAUUGAACAUGCUGAACAGAGAUUGACGACUCUAAGCUUGGAGAUGAAGGCUGCAGAGUCAAAGAUUAAAAGCUAUGAUAUGGAGAUAGCAAGUCUAAAGAAGCAAAUUAAGGAGUUGGGGGUCAAAUUGGAAACCGUAAAAGCCACCGCGCAGUCUUUUGAAAGAGAGGCUAGAACUAUGGAACAGGAAAAGGUUCAUCUGGAGGAGAAGUACCGCUCUGAGUUCAAUCGGUUUGAGGAAGUCCAGAAAAGAUGCAAAAACGCUGAGGGGGAAGCUAAACGAGCUACUGAAUUGGCUGAUAAUGCCCGUGCUGAAGCUGUCACUGCUCAAAAAGAGAAGAGUGAUGCGCAAAGGAUAGCAAUGGAAAGACAAAAUCAAAUCGAGAAGGCCAAGAGGCAUCUCGAAAGUUUGGAAAGGCAAAGAUCAGACCUUGCUGCUGAAUUAGAGAGGUACAAAAUUGCUGAGAUGGAUGCACGAUCUAAGGUCUCAAUGCUGGAAGCAAGGGUUGAAGAGAGGGAAAAAGAAAUAGAGUCACUAUUGCAAUCAAACAAUGAGCAGAGGGCAAAUACUGUUCAAGUCCUCGAGAGUCUUUUGGAGACUGAACGUGCAGCACGUACAGAGGCAACAAACAGGGCAGAAUCACUCUCUGUUCAGCUGCAAGCUACACAAGGGAAAUUGGAUUUACUUCAGCAGCAGAUGACUACAGUUCGCCUGAAUGAAACAGCACUGGACAGCAAGCUUAAAACUGCUUCCUGCGGGAAGCGGGUGAGAGUGGAUGACUAUGAUGGGGGUAUGGAGUCUGUCCAUGAUAUGGAACUAAAUGACAGAACACCGAGAGGAAGUAAAAGGACGAGAAGUACAACUAGCCCUCUACAGUUCACACGAGAAGAAGGUGGUUCCAUAUUUUUGGGUGAAGAACAGAACAAUAGCCAACAGACCAGUUCUGAAGACUACACAAAGUUCACUGUUCAGAAACUUAAGCAGGAGCUCACAAGACAUAAUUUCGGUGCUGAGGUGCUCGAACUUAAAAAUCCAACCAAGAAGGAUUUUGUUGCUCUUUAUGAGAGAUGUGUGCUUCAGAAAUCAUAGAUUUCAUGUUAUGGAUUUGUUUAGGAAAGCAGGCUGUAGUCUAUUGAGUGUUUAAUAAGUAGGUAUAUGAAACCGAAGGUAUGUAAAUUUUCCGACCGUGUCACCCAGUAAUUUGUUGGUCCUGGUAAAAAUUAGAAGUGGUUUUGUUUUGAA